AUGGGAAACACCACAGAUCUAGAUGUUCUUAUCUCACAGCUUCAACAAACAUACAAACAAGUUAAAACUGACGAAACAUCCAUGCGAUUAGAAGAUUUGUUUCCAGUGUUUCGCAAGUUCAAGCUGCUCUAUAAUGAUCUACUGAAUCCACCUAGAGAGGAUAUCAAGCUUCUCAUCAAAGAAAACCACGCCGAACCAAGGUUUGACAAAAGGAGGAUUUCGAGGGAAAUUCUUGAAGAGCAUUUUCAGAAGAAAAUAACUGGUGUUUCUCAGAAUCCGGAAUUUACGGAUGAUUCGGAUUGGUUUUCGGAUUGGGAUUCGGAUAUACCGUUGAGUAUAUUGGAGCUUGAAGUUGCAUUGAAUAAACAAUACGCUGAUAGUAUAAAUGAUAGGGAUAUGGUUACAUACGGGGUUGUUGAGACUGUUGUUGUUGCUGCUUCUAGUGAUGGUGGUGGUAUCAGUGGAAUUCAUCCACCUUUGAUUAAGGCGCCGAAAUUGGCUCCGAUAAGGGAAGCGGAAGUUGGUAUUGGUAGGGUAAGUUUGAAGAGAGAAGAGGAAGAGGGGGUGGUGGAUGAUAUGAAUAGGAUAGCUGAGAUUCUUGUUAGCCUUUCAGAAUCAUCUUUGUUUAGUACUACUUACAAUGAAUAUGAUUCAUCUAGGACUGCCAUGGAACCUAGGUCCAAUAAUGUGUCUCCUAACGGGAGAAUUAAGCAUAUUAUUAUCCCUGGAUGCUGGCAAAAGGGUCAUUUUUUGGGUGGAGGUUCGUUUGGAUCUGUCUAUGAAGGCAUUUCUGACGAUGGAAUCUUUUUUGCUGUAAAAGAAGUUUCAUUGCUUGAUCAAGGGGAUCAGGGAAAACAAAGUGUCUAUCAGCUGGAGCAGGAAAUUGCACUUUUGAGUCGUUUUGAACAUGAUAAUAUAGUUCAAUACUAUGGCACUGAAAUGGAUGAAUCCAAGCUUCAUAUCUUUAUUGAGCUUGUAACCGGAGGUUCUCUUAGAAGCCUCUAUCAGAAGUAUACUCUCCGAGAUUCUCUAGUAUCUGCCUAUACAAGACAGAUUCUAUGUGGUUUGAAGUAUCUUCACGACCAAAAUGUGGUUCACAGGGAUAUCAAAUGUGCAAAUAUAUUGGUGCAUGCAAGUGGAUCUGUCAAACUUGCAGAUUUUGGGUUAGCAAAGGCAAUCAAAUUGAAUGAUGUUAAAUCAUGCAAGGGGACUGCAUUCUGGAUGGCUCCUGAGGUUGUGAAAGGAAAGAACAAAGGUUAUGGGCUUCCAGCUGAUGUUUGGAGUCUGGGAUGCACUGCGCUGGAGAUGUUAACGGGACAAAUUCCAUACUCCAAUUUGGAAUGUAUGCAGGCAAUAUUUAGAAUUGGAAAAGGUGUGCUACCUCCUAUUCCUGAUACUCUUUCAAGAGAUGCAAAAGAUUUUAUCAUGCAGUGCCUUCAAGUUAAUCCUGAUGAUCGUCCUACUGCUGCUCAACUCUUAAACCAUCCCUUUCUCCAAAGGCCACUUUCACAGUCUUCAUCUCCUUACAUUCAUGGCAGAAGGGUUUAA